AGCAACCAAAGCUGACGCCAUAUUGGCCGGCUGAUUUAUAAAAAUUUGCAAAAAAAAAACCCGAAAAAGGAGUAUAUAAAAUAGGAAAAGUGCCAGCAAGCAUGAAAUUGUGACAUUGCAAGCUGUGUUGUGGAUUAUAAAGGCUUGCAAAAGUGCAAAUAAAAGAGGCAAAGUGUUUUUUGGGCGGAUGGAAAAAAAAUGUUUAUAGAUUUUUGCAAUUUGUGAUUUGCCGAGCAGAAAGAGGAAUAUGUAAACGAAACGCCGAGUGCCGCGAAGAGCAGCAGCAGCCGAUUUAAGACAAGAAAAAAACCUACAAAAAUAUAAAACAAAAGCAACCCAUAAUCCAAGAAGAAAUUUACCUUAGAGAAUAUAGGAACGGGAAAUAAGGUGAAGAGAGAAAGGUCUUUGGAACACCGGAAACGACCAACAGUGCCUCAAAAAAAAAAAAAAAAUAAUUAAAAAAUUAAAAAUUGGUUGCCACCUAACAGAGCAGCAUUAACCAACACCAGCAACAACAACAUAACUGGGCCAUUCCUCCCUUUGCCUCCCUGCAUCAGGAACCAGGACUGCCAUAUAAUCAAAGCCAAAAAUCCAACAAGAAGCCGCCCAGUGGUAGACUGCAAAUAGAAUUACAACAACAAUACACACACACACUUAUAUAUAUAUAUAUAUAUAUAUAUAUAAUUCAUACCCGCCCUCCUCUUCGUUAACUUCGCCCGAAAAUGACUUUCGAUACGAGACGACAAAACACGGGACAACCACUGACCACCACAAAUAAUAGCAGCAGCAACAGCACAAACACAACCACGGCCAGUCCAGCUCAUGGAACGGGUAACGGAACUAGCAACACAGGAGGCAACGGCAGUGGAGGAGGCAGCGGAGGUGGUGGCGGCGGCGGCGGAGCAAUUGAGACUCAGAGCGGAGAGCAAACGCCGGCUACUCCAGCAGGAGAUUCCUUGGAAGGACCGGCCACAACGUCGUCAUCAUUGGAUAGCACGGUGACCACAGUGUCUCCGGAGAAAUUGAUAUCUUCAUUUCCCACCACUAAACUACGCUCGCUAACACAAAAGAUAUCCAAUCCUCGAUGGGUGGUACCAGUUUUGCCAGAACAGGAGUUGGAAGUGCUUCUAAAUGCGGCCAUCGAGUUAACUCAGGCUGGUGUGGAUCAUGACUGUGAGCCCUGUGUGGAGUUCUAUCGCAAUGGCCUAAGCACUUCGUUUGCCAAAAUCCUAACCGACGAGGCAGUAAACUCAUGGAAAUACAAUAUUCAUCACUGUAUCCUGGUGUCUUGUGGCAAGCUUUUACACUUGAUAGCCAUCCACAUGCAGCGGGAUAAUCCGUAUCUGCUUGAUCUGUUAGCCAUUGUGUUCGAUCCGGACAAUAAAUUCAACACUUUCAAUGCUGCCCGACAGCCGGAAUGCUUUGCUGCCCCCGAUUGCAUCUGGGGUGUGCUGGACAGUAAUAAGAUGUUUGCGCGGCCGCCGCCAGAACCAAAAAAUGCUCGAGGCUGGCUUGUGGAUCUCAUCAAUCGUUUCGGUCAGUUGGGUGGCUUUGACAAUCUUCUAGAGCGAUUUAAUAGUGGACUGGAAAUUUUGAAGCGCAAUCAAAACCAAAAAAAGGGUUCAGGAAAAAGUGCAGCCUCGGAUAGCUCCAGCGGAGAUGGCACUGCUCAGGAUAAUCGUUUGACAUUGGCUCUUAUACAUAGCCUGCUGCGACCCUUUGGCCAGUGCCAUGAGCUUCUUACACCAGCCACAAUAGCCAAGUACUUUAUGCCCACUUGGAAUGUGGUCCUUGAUCUACUGGAUAGUUUUACAGACGAAGAACUAAAACGGGAGGUGAAGCCUGAGGGACGCAACGACUAUAUCAAUGGCAUUGUGAAAUCAGCCCGCUCUCUAGCCAGCCGUCUAACGGGUCAGGAGGAACUGAUACGAGAUUUGGAGAUGUUUCGUCUGAAGAUGAUUUUACGUCUGCUGCAAGUCUCCAGCUUUAAUGGAAAGAUGAAUGCCUUGAACGAGAUCAAUAAAGUUCUCUCCUCGGUUGCUUAUUACUCGCAUCGCUCCCAACCGUUGCCCCACUGCAUGCCGGAUGAAAUGGAAAUGGACUGGUUGACAGCUGAGCGUAUGGCCCAAUGGAUUAAGUCAUCGGAUGUACUUGGUAUUGUUCUCAAAGAUUCGCUGCAUCAGCCUCAAUAUGUGGAAAAGUUGGAGAAAAUUAUACGCUUUCUGAUAAAAGAACAGGCUCUAACAUUAGACGACCUGGACGCAGUGUGGCGGGCCCAGGCGGGCAAACACGAGGCGAUUGUAAAAAACGUACACGACCUGUUGGCCAAAUUAGCCUGGGAUUUUACUCCUGAGCAGUUAGAUCAUCUGUUUGAGGCGUUUCAGGCUAGCAUGACAACAGCCAAUAAACGUCAGAGGGAACGACUUUUAGAGCUUAUUCGCCGUCUGGCCGAGGACGAUAAAAACGGUGUAAUGGCCCAGAAAGUGCUCAAACUAUUUUGGACUUUAGCCCACAGUCAGGAAGUGCCGCCAGAAGUACUGGAUCAGGCAAUCGGUGCACACGUUAAAAUCCUUGACUACAGUUGUUCCCAGGAGCGUGAUGCACAGAAGACGAUAUGGUUGGACAAAUGCGUGGGCGAACUAAAGGCAGGUGAUUCAUGGGUUCUGCCUGCGCUGCGACUCAUCCGGGAUAUAUGUUGCCUAUAUGAUACAUCGCCUAGUCAUGCGCCACGUACCCAGACUAGCACCAAUCGUCAGCAGGUUAUCGAGCGGUUACAGAAUGACUAUUCCUUGGUCAUACUGGUCACAAAUAGCUUAACCGCCUAUAUGGAUAAAAUCCGUCAUAUGGUCAGCGAAACACCAAGUCUGGAUCCAGCUAGCAUUUUGAUUGAUGGACGGUUUCCGCAUCAUGUGCAAAUUGCUGAACGCUUGGAAUUUCUCAAAUUUCUGCUCAAGGAUGGCCAGCUCUGGCUAUGUGCCGAUCAGGCUAAGCAAAUCUGGCAUUGUCUAGCGGUAAAUGCUGUUUUCCCGUCGGAUCGCGAGGAAUGUUUCCGCUGGUUCGGUAAACUAAUGGGCGAGGAACCGGAUUUGGAUCCAGGCAUCAAUAAGGAUUUCUUUGAGAACAACAUUCUGCAGCUGGAUCCACAUUUGCUGACUGAAAGCGGUAUAAAGUGUUUCGAGCGCUUUUUUAAAGCGGUCAAUUCUAAGGAGGACAAACUGAAGGCCAUUCAUCGUGGCUAUAUGCUGGAUAACGAAGAUCUAAUCGGCAAGGACUAUCUGUGGCGUGUGAUAACCACGGGAGGCGAAGAGAUUGCCAAUAAGGCCAUAGAUCUGCUCAAAGAGGUUUCCACGGCCUUGGGGCCACGUUUGCAGGAGAAUAUUGCUGAAUUUCAUGAAAUGUUUAUUGGAGAAUGCUGUUCGAGACUGCGAACCCAUUAUGGCAACAUACUGAUUUUGGGUAAAGCCCCGUUGGGAGAGGACGAUGCCAACAAUCAGGCGGAUGAUGCCAAUGACUCAAAGGACUCUAAAAUGUGCUUCAUCGAGGCCGAGAAGAUGUGCCGUAUUAUUAAGGUGCUGCAGGAGUACAUUAAGGAAUGCGAUCGCUCCUUUAGCGGGGAUCGUAUCCACCUACCACUGAGUCGUGUAACUCGCGGCAAAAACACUAGUCUUUACAUCCGGUUCCAGAAUCCCGGACGGCCCAUCGACGACAUUGAGAUUGUGACGCACAGCAAUGAGACCAUGGCGGCCUUCAAGCGGAAUCUGCUUAAACGAAUCAAGGGUACAUCGACGGCCAACAUCAAAGUGGAUCUGUUUUACACAAACGGCGAGCUGAUAGAGGUUUCCGACGAAAUCAAUCCCCUUUAUCAGUAUACUAUACGAGAUAAAAUGAUCCUAACGGCUAAGUUGACCCCAGUUGGAACUGGCCUGGCUAGCAGUCCCGAUUCCUCCAGCGAUUCAAGCACUGGAUCACCUCCGCGACCAUGCCCUGAUAUGCAGCGCGUGGAGUCGGAGAGUACUCUGCCUGGCGUGAUUAUUUCACAGAACUUUCAAUACACCGAGUUCUUCCUAAAGCUUUAUCAGCUUGGCAGUGAUCUGGACCAUGGACGGCUGCGUGACAGUGCCAAGGUUCUGCUCCAUCUCCUGCCCUGUGACCGCCAGACAAUGCGAAUGCUUCAGCUGAUGUGUCGAGUGCCCAAACCACAAUUAGCCGAAAAAAUCACCAAGAUUGAAGAUGAUGUGAUUAACUCGAUGACUAGCGGUGAGCAACAACCGACGAGCAACGAAACUGAAGCGGAAAGUUGUACGCCAGAAGAGAUGUUCCUGCAUCCUUCGCCCGGCCAGGUGUUGUACAAUCUUAGCGUUUUGCAUGGUCUUCUGAUACCCGCUUUAGAACCGCUGGGAGAUGCCGCUCUUCAAAUACAAUCGUCUUGGAUGCAUUCCGGUUGCGCUCAUUUUGUGCUCGAGCUGUUAACCAAGAACAACUUUUUGCCCAGUGCCGAUAUGCACACGAAACGCGCCUCUUUUCAAUGUGUUCUGCGAUUGGCCAAGCUCUUCCUAUAUAUCGUUGGCAGCGUUUUGUCACGAGUGGGUGACGAGCCAUUGAUCUGUGAUGUCGAUAACGGAGCCCGCUCCCAGGUGGAUAUACUGAAGCAAAAUUUCUCAUCUAUACCGAAUGGAUCACAGGGCACAUUGAGAGCCAUUUCAUCUAAGUUGGCAGUUAUAUUGGCUACAGAAAUGCUAUCGGCAAGCCCGGAGGGCGAUCGAUGUCGCUCACUAUUUAGUUCCACUCUGCAAUGGUCGUGUCCAGACAUAUCUACCAUUAAGGCGGUGGUUCAACUGGCUUGGGCCUCUUCCUGUGGCAAUCUGCAGGCUUUGGGUAGCAGUAACAGUGAUUUCGAAGACGAGGUGAUUGUUCCAGAUGGUCAGGACUUUAGUAUGUGCAAAGAGGCACUUGAAGUGCUUACCAUUUCUUUUAUACUCAAUCCCAGCGCAAAUGAGUCUCUCAGUAACGAUCCCAACUGGCCCAAAUUCAUCACAUCAAUUGUAUUAAAAAAUCCUUUGAGACAUGUACGCCAAGUAGCUUCGGAGCAACUAUUUUUGGCUUCCACAUACUGUGCCGGCGAUAGGAAACCCUUUACCUAUAUGGUCAAUUUGCUGGUGAGCUCUCUGAAGACUUUGGUACCUCAAUUCGAAGCCACCUGUGCCGAGUUUUUCUCCGUAUUGUGUCGCACUCUUUCCUAUGGCUGUAUCUACAACUGGCCACUGCAGAUUGGCGAGGGUCUUCUCGGAGAUGAAAUUAAAUGGUUGAAACACAUUCAAGCGAACGUUAAAGCCACCGGAGACACCCAGGUCCAUGAGGAGCUACUUGAAGGUCAUCUCUGUCUGGCAAAAGAACUGAUGUUUUUCCUUGUGCCCGACUCGAAGGCUCAAUUAAAUGAGUUAAUUCAUGAGCUUAUCGAUGAUUUCCUUUUUACGGCCUCGAGAGAAUUUCUGCAUUUACGUAGGCAUGGUGUCCUUCGGCAGGAUACAGUGCCACCUCCGGUUUGCCGCAGUCCUCACACUAUUGCCGCUGCCUGCGAUCUCCUAAUAGCUCUGUGCCAGCUCUGUGUUCCUAAUAUGAAACUACUCACUAAUACACUAAUCGAUUUCGUUUGCACAGAUACAGAUCCGCUGCGCGAAUGGGAUUACCUGCCUCCGGUGGGUGCUAGACCAAUUAAAGGUUUCUGUGGACUGAAAAAUGCCGGAGCCACCUGUUAUAUGAACUCGGUGCUGCAACAGCUUUACAUGGUGCCGGCCGUCCGUGUAGGUAUUCUUAAAGCCCACGGAGCGGCCACUAAUGAAGGUGAAGACUUUAGUGGCGAUUCGGAUUUGACUGGUGGAGGACUUGGAUCUGGAUUUUUCUCUGGUGCCUUCUCUUCAUCCGGAACGGGGGAAGUGGAUGGUUCGGAUGUGCGUAAAAGCUAUCAUGUGGUUAUUCUUAAACACGUCCAGGCUAUAUUCGCUCACUUGGGUCACAGUGCAUUACAGUUCUAUGUACCACGUGGCCUCUGGACGCAUUUCAAGCUGCAAGGCGAGCCAGUAAAUCUACGCGAGCAACAGGAUGCCGUCGAGUUCUUUAUGUCACUUUUUGAAAGCCUCGACGAGGGACUUAAGGCUUUGGGUCACACCCAAUUGAUGAAUGCAACGUUGGGUGGAUCGUUUAGCGAUCAGAAGAUCAGUCAAGAGUGCCCACAUCGCUACUCCAAAGAGGAACCAUUUAGCGUAUUUAGUGUUGAUAUUAGGAAUCAUAGCUCAUUAACCGAAUCUCUGGAGCAGUAUGUCAAGGGAGAGCUGCUCGAGGGGGCCGAUGCAUACCAUUGUGAUAAAUGUGAUAAAAAAGUAGUUACCGUUAAGCGGCUCUGCGUGAAGAAGCUGCCUCCCGUGUUAGCCAUACAACUGAAGCGCUUUGAAUACGACUACGAGCGCGUCUGUGCGAUUAAGUUCAAUGAUUAUUUUGAAUUUCCACGUAUCCUGGAUAUGGAACCCUAUACAGUUUCUGGCCUAGCUAAACUGGAGGGCGAUGUGGUGGAAGUAGGUGAUAAUUGUCAAACAAAUGUUGAAACAACAAAAUAUGAACUGACCGGCAUUGUAGUCCACAGCGGGCAGGCCUCCGGUGGACACUACUUCAGCUACAUACUUUCCAAAAAUCCAGCCAAUGGUAAAUGCCAAUGGUACAAGUUUGACGAUGGCGAAGUAACCGAAUGCAAAAUGCACGAAGACGAAGAAAUGAAGGCUCAGUGCUUCGGUGGCGAUUAUAUGGGAGAGAUCUAUGAUAACAAUUUGAAACGCAUGCAGUAUCGCCGGCAAAAACGAUGGUGGAAUGCCUAUAUGCUGUUUUAUACGCGUUGCGAUCAAAGUCCUGUCCAGUUUGAGCCCAGUGUGGAGCAAUUGUCGCUAACAGAAAGCCGAAAUAUGGUUUUACCUUUACCAAAGCCCAUCGAACGGAGUGUACGGCACCAGAAUAUACGAUUCCUACACUCGCGCAGCAUAUUCUCUGUGGAAUUCUUUAAUUUCAUUAAAAAACUAGGUAGCUGCAGCAUACCCUCUACUCGAAGCGAUAAAAUUACACCCGCAGCUGAAGAGCUUUCCUUGUUGGGUGUCCAAUUGACAUCUCAGUUUUUGUUCCAUACUGGCUUCCGCACGAAAAAAUCAUUGCGUGGUCCUGUUAUUGAAUGGUAUGAUACGCUUUCACAUCACAUUCGUUCCUCGGCAUUAGUGCGUAAAUGGUUUGCCAAUCAUGCUUUACUUUCGCCGCCAUCGCGGCUUGGCGAGUAUAUACUCAUGGCUCCGUCACCCGAGGUCCGUACCGUAUUUGUGAAGUUGGUUGUGUUCUUUUGUCACUUUGCCAUUAACGACGAAUCGCUACCCGGCCACGAGGGCAGUAAUCUCUGUGAACAGGUGCUAAUCAGUGUACUGCGUCUAUUAAGGUCAGAUGCGGCAGAUUAUGGCAAACAUUUGCCACAUUACUUUAGCUUAUUUAGUAUGUAUGUCGGCCUGGGCCUUCGUGAGAAACAACAAUUACUAAAGCUCAAUGUGCCAGUGCAAUUCAUUCAAGUGGCUUUGGAUGAUGGACCUGGUCCAUCUAUUAAAUACCAGUAUCCCGAGUUCAGUAAACUACAUCAAGUUGUCUCACACUUGGUUCGAUGCAGCGAUAUAAGCGAGAAGUGUCAGAGCUCCAAUCAGAAUGCUCGACCACUGCCCAAUCCCUUUAAGGACCCCACUGUAACGCAGGAUGAUCUAACCCCCUUGUCAAGCGACUGCAUGGAUCUGCUUUUUAAUCGUACCGGUUAUAUCAAGAAAGUGAUAGAGGACACCAAUGUGGGUGAUGAGGGUCUCAAAUUACUGCAAUACUGCAGCUGGGAGAAUCCGCAUUUCUCUCGUGCCGUACUGACCGAGCUGCUGUGGCAGUGUGGUUUCGCCUACUGCCAUGACAUGCGUCAUCAUACAGAUCUGUUGCUGAAUAUCUUACUGAUCGAUGAUUCGUGGCAACAUCAUCGCAUCCACAAUGCCCUUAACGGAGUGGCCGAGGAACGCGAGGGUUUGCUGGAGACGAUACAAAGAGCUAAAACCCACUAUCAGAAGCGGGCCUAUCAGAUUAUCAAAUGUCUGACGCAACUGUUCCACAAAUCACCAAUAGCCCUGCAGAUGUUAAAUACUAGUCCAACUAUAAGUCGGCAAUGGACCAUUGCCGUGGAGUGGCUUCAGGAUGAGCUGGAGCGACAGCGCGGCAUUGGCUGUCAGUACAAUUCGUAUUCGUGGUCACCACCUGCACAGAGUAAUGACAACACCAAUGGCUAUAUGCUAGAGAGAUCGCAAUCAGCUAAGAACACCUGGACCAUGGCAUUUGAGCUCUGUCCGGAGGAGGUGACCGAGAAACCGCAGGAACAAGAGGAGAACAAUGAGUCCGAUUUGGAGUCUAAUUUGGAUGAUAACAAACAGGAGACGUCACAACCAGCUACCCGUCAACAUGAGGGAACUGUAAGCAGUGACGAAAUGCAGCCAACCAAAUGGCCGGCUCCUCGUACGGCAGAUAGUACCGCCAUUCCGCGCCUAUCACGUCAACUAUUUGGCACGCACGUGUCAGCUGGUUCCGGUGGAACAGCCCCUAGUACUGGGGCCCCCGUUACCGCCACAGUAACAAGUGGGAGUGGAGCCAAUAGCGAAACAGAGAGCAGUGCCCAGGAGACUACAGCCGAUUCAAAUAUAAAUGGCAUCACAAAUAGUAUGGAACACGUUGAAAAUUCAGUAAAAAAGAAAUAUCGCAGGAAAGUGCGAAGAAAGGUAGAGGAAAAUAAGGAUGAUGACACUGAGGAAGUAAUAGAAGAGACGACGACAACAACAACAACAACAGCAACAACAACAACAACAACAGCAGCAACUACAGAGGCAACAAAAACAACGCCAACAAUAGCAAUAACAGCGCCAAAUAGUGCAACGACAACGGCCGUCAAUGAACUUACUUCAAGAAUGGAGAAAAACCUUAUUUAAAAAAAUUCUAAAUACCAGAAAUAACGAAAAUAAACAAAAGUUCUUUGAAAUAAAAUCAAAUAAGAACAAAAUAUAAGCAACAGGCAUUCAUAGCAUUAAGAGAACCAACAAAACAUCAGCCUAAUGAUAAUGAAAUCUGUGCUUGGGUUUUUUAUUUGAAAUUUUUAUAGAUUGUUUUCUUAGUUUGAUUAAAAACCAGACUUAAAAUGAGUUAAUCGUAGAUAUUAACUAAUGGAUGGAAUAUAAAAAUCGAAGUAACAGCGAUAAUACAAACGAUAAUUAGACGAUGAAAACUCAGUCAUAUUCAUAAUGAUUAUGAGAAUGCCGAUGAUAAUGAAAAAAUGUAUGAAGGUUCAUGUACCAUGAGGUGUUUAAAUAGUUAUUGUAUACUUUAUAAUAAAUUACCCACAGACACACAUACACAAACAUAAGGAAUACAAGCCACAUUUAAACAUACACAAAAUCACACAAACACUCAAAAACACAGACAGACACAGACACCAACUCCUAAAUACUAAGAUGCGUUAAGUUACACGUUUAUAGUACCAUAUAAUUGUAUUUAUAUAGUAUAUGAAUGAUGUAUUACGUAUUGAAGCCGAGCAACCUUAACUAUUACUAACCGAAAUGAAUCAAAUCAAAAACAUAAAAAAAAAAAAUAAAUCUAUAUAUAUAAAAACAUAAAACAAAAAUUAAAGAAUAACAGACUAAGCUAAAUAGGAAACAACAAAUUCGGUUAAAACAAAAAUCAGAAUUAGGGCAAGAAACUGAAACCAAAUUGCAUCUUCAAGUACUCAGUACUCUCGCCUGAAAAUGUUUCCAUAACAAUUCAUUAGUUUUUUUUUUCUAACUGCAGAAUCAAGUGAAAUUUGUGAAAUGCUUUUAAGAAAACAACAACAAAACAGUAUAAAAAAUCGACUAAAUUUAAAGAAAAACUAAAACGAGAAAAAGCGAAAACCAGAAGAAAAUAUGGAAGGAGAAAACAUGAUUAUGUUUAUAAGUAUAUAUAUAUACAUAUAUUUUUAAUUAUUUAGUGUUUUUGUAUUAAGUGAAAUUUGUUAAACAUUUAUUAAAUUAUUAUGUUUUAAGUUGCAAAAUAAAACGCGAAAUGUUGUAAAGCAAA